UCUCUCCCUGUGUCUCCCAAGAAGAUACCUGUAUUAUGUUCAAGGACUCUUUGCUUUCAGAACCAACUGUGCUGUGUUAGGACUCCAGUGAGAGACACCUGACCUGCCACAGACUGGAGGACGGCCUAACCCUGAUGCAGAGCCAGUAGAGAUCAACUGCAAAGACAUCACUCGCAUCCAGGAUAACUGGGAUGUGGAAGAGUUCGUCUCACACACGUGCAUGGGGAUAUUCCUCCACCAUCCAGCCUAUAAGCUGCUUUUGGCGGGAUUCAUCAUCACCAACGCGAUCAACAUUGCCCUGCGGACGGAGCCAACGUUAGAAGAGAAAUACUUCGGAUUCUUCUCUGCCAUAGAUACAAUUGUCCUGGCUUUCCUUAUCUGUGAGGUAUUUCUCAACUGGUACUAUGGAUUCUCAUUGUACUGGAAGGAUGGCUGGAAUAUCCUCAAUUUUUUCAUUGUGGUCUUUCUGUUCUUGGGCCUAUUACUCCCCGUGCUCUCUGACAGAACAUUUUUCCACAUCCUCAGAAUAAUGCGACUGAUGCAAGUUUGUACCUUAGUGGCUGGUCUGGCUAGGAUGAUCCAGGUGAUCCUGAAGUCGACUCCUGACAUGCUUAACAUCAUGAUCCUGCUUUUCUCUAUCAUGCUGGUCUUCUCUGUGUUUGGUGUGACGCUCUUUGGAAGUCUUGUCCCAGUGCAUUUUGGGAAUUUGGGGACUGCCUUGUACACACUUUUCAUCUGCAUAACACAGGAUGGAUGGAUUACCAUUUAUGAUGCCUUUGACGAUGAAGGCAUUGCCCUGAAGAUUGGAGGGGCUCUCUACUUCUUUAUCUUCAUCACCUGCGGGGCCUUCAUCUGUUCAAAUCUGCUUGUGGCUGUGGUGACGACAAACCUGGAGCAGUCAGUGGCUGCUUACAACGAGGAACUGCAUUCACAAUCGCUGGCCCGUUCGAAGGCAGCAUAUACUGGGCUGGAUGAUGGCACAGAUGAUGAUAUCCUCCCACCUCUGACGCCGAUGCACAUGAAAGAAGUUAUGAAUGCCACAGACAUGGUCCAUUGCCAGGAUCUGCUUAGCUACGGUAACUUGGGUAACCUGAAUGAUUCCACCUGUGACGAUCUCUGCGUUGUCCUGGAAGCGAUCCACGAGAACCUCAAGGAAUACCAGGAGAUCCGGAAUGAGCUCAGCCGAAUAGUCACUGAGGUGAAAUCCAUCAAGUUCAAUAUUGAGCAGGAGCAAGAGAUAGUGCUACGGAAUAUCCGAGGGUCCAGCAUCUCAGACACCAUGCUUGCAAGUGAGGUCACGCACGGAAAGGCUGGCGAUGUCCUCAGUACACUGUCAAACCUAGAAAAGUCAAACAUGAUUGAAAGAGAAUACCAGAAAGGAGCAAUAAAAACGGCAGCCUUGAAAGCACGGAGGCAGUCAUUGCUAACGCCGGUAGAAAUUGCAGAUCUGUUGUACCCAGACAAUGAGAUGGACGUACCUGAAGAUGGGAGUCAAAGGCGUGACUACUCGAUUGAACGCCAUCCUGGGAAAUCGGGAGAGUGAGAAGAGAAAGAGCCCUACCGGAGGGAUAUUGAAUACAUAUCAUAAGAGAACAGCAUUUGAGCACAGAAUGCCUGAAGCAGGAGGUGUUCCAGGAGAGACAGGUUCUGCUGGAACCCUGUGAGGAUGGCAUCGUGGGCAGAACAGUGUUCUAGAUGGAAAGAUGCUCCCAGAAACCAUGCAUUGGCAUCUUCAAAAGUAUUGACUGGGGGAGAAAAUUGUUCUCAUCUAGGCAAGGAAGAGAUUUUACUGCCCGGUGGAAAGAUGACCCUGCUAUCGAAGCAUCUUCCCUGAAAUGAACUCCCAUCGAUAGAGAUGACAGGAACAGCAGUUCCAGCUGAACCUGGGAGAGGCUAUAUUUUGGCUCCGAGUGCUGGACUUUUCCGUGAAGGGAGGAGCAGAAUUUACCCUCAAGACGACCCAAUACAUCAGUUGGUUGGCAGCUAUCGUUGAGCCUGGAAAGAUCAUGUAGGACCCGAUUGUGGCCAAACCGGAUGGAAUCCGGGAAAGUAUCUUACCUUUUCUCAAUGGUCAUUGCGAGUUCUUGGUCUGCCAUGUGCUUGCACUAUAUCAGAAGGAUGCUCAGAGGGAUUGUUUCACUGCCUUCUCUUCCGAGAGCCACAAGAUGCUUCACCACUGCGCCAGCAUUUCCCAUCCCACUUGAAAUUGUUCCACAUGCAGAGAAAAGAUCGAUUUCCUUCUCUCUUGCCAGAUUUCGGCCCCGACUAGUUUGGCGAUGGUAGAAAGUUAGUGGGUCUUUAAAAAAUGAAUAGCGCCUGGAGAACUUUGUGACUGAAUGGGAAACAUGGUGCUUUGAAGGGAAGGACAAAAAGUUGGAUCGAUGGUCGUCAACUUUCAGAAUUGUACUGGCUUGAGAUUACAAAUAUAAUAAUGACAUGUU